AUGGCCGAACUAAGUGAAGAGCGUUCCCUAGAGGAAACACCAACAUGGGCUGUUGCUGUGGUCUGUUUUGUGUUGCUUGCAGUUUCAAUCUUCAUUGAACAUAUCAUACACCUCAUAGGAAAGUGGUUAACAAGCAAACACAAGAGAGCUCUAGUUGAAGCACUUGAGAAGAUUAAAUCUGAGCUCAUGCUAUUGGGAUUUAUAUCCUUGCUCCUAACUGUGCUGCAAGAUUAUAUCUCUGAUAUAUGCAUACCAAAAAGUAUUGGAGACUCUUGGCUUCCCUGCAGUAAGGAAGCACAGUUAAAAUCUGAAAACAAGGGUAGGAAACUUCUUUAUUUCUCAGAUCCUGACUUCAGUUACAGGCGCAGAUUAGCAGUAAAAGGAGAUGAUUAUUGUUCAAAGGAGGGCAAAGUUGCCUUUGUGUCUGCCUAUGGGAUUCACCAACUGCACAUAUUUAUCUUUGUGUUAGCACUUUUUCAUGUGCUCUACUGCAUCCUUACCUUGACUUUGGGAAGAUACAAGAUGAGAAAAUGGAAGGUUUGGGAGAAAGAGACAAGGUCAAUUGAACAUCAGUACUACAAUGAUCCAGAAAGGUUUAGGUUUGCAAGGGACACAUCAUUUGGACAGAGACAUUUGAAAUUCAGGUCACCAUUGACCCUUUGGAUUGUGUCUUUCUUCAGGCAGCUCUUCCAGUCGGUUACUAGGGUUGAUUACCUAACCCUGAGGCAUGGAUUUAUCAUGGCACAUUUCGCACCAGACAGUGAAACGACAUUUGAUUUUCGGAAGUACAUAAGCAGAUCACUUGAAGAGGAUUUCAAAGUUGUUGUGGAGAUCAGCCCAAUUAUAUGGUUCUCUGCAGUGCUGUUCUUGCUUUCCAACACAUAUGGAUGGUAUUCUUAUUUCUGGCUACCAUUUAUCCCUUUAGUUAUAAUCCUGUUGGUGGGAACAAAACUACAAGUGAUUAUAUCAAUGAUGGGGCUGAGGAUUCAGGAGAGAGGGGAUGUGGUGAAGGGUGCCCCUCUUGUUCAACCCGGCGAUCACCUCUUCUGGUUUGGAAGCCCUCGCUUCAUGCUCUUUCUCAUCCACUUCGUUCUGUUUCAGAAUGCAUUUCAGCUGGCCUUCUUUGCAUGGAGUACAUAUGCGUUUGGGAUAAAAUCUUGCUUCCACGAGCGCACCGAAGAUAUCGUUAUCAGGAUCUCAAUGGGGGUCAUUAUACAAUUUUUAUGCAGUUAUGUGACUCUGCCUCUCUAUGCUCUAGUAACACAGAUGGGUUCUACCAUGAAACGCACCGUUUUCAAUGAGGAGGUGGUAGGAGCACUGAAGAGCUGGCACAACAAAGCCAAAAAGAGAACAAAACUCAGCCCUCAUUCACACUCAAACACACCGUUCUCAAGUACGCCGGGAACUCCCAGCCACGGCUUGCGCAUGUCCCCGGUCCAUCUGCUGCACAAGCACAACCGCAGCGAUGCUGAUGGCUAUUAUGUAUCUCCAAGAGCAUCAAACCUUGAAUUAAGUCAUUGGGAAACUGAAGGGUCAUCGCAUUCCCUAAACAACAACAAUGCUGGACCCAGUGAUCCAGAAGAGAUUAGGGAACUGGAUCAAGAGCCUACUUCAACAACACAAUUGCCUCCGGCACCGCCUGGGAUUCGUACUCAGCAUGAAGUUAACAUUGGUCUGUCUGAGUUUUCAUUUGGCAAAGGAAAAUCAAGAAGUUGA